AUGGCGAAUGCCAUUUGUCAUUGGGGAGAAACGAGAUGCGAAGCAAGGAGCAAUUACCGAUCCCCAUUGGAGAUAGCGUCCAACAGCACGGUCAUCGCAGGGACGAUAUGCACGGCUACGUCGCCCUCUGCCCACGCUCCGUCUAUCGAUUGGUACAUGCCUCCUCACUGUUGCUCUCCUCUCCUCCUGACACUGGUUGCGUUGAAUAUUGGGGAGAUUGUCUACUUGAUAGCGUUGCCGUUUGCGCGAAGCUUCGAGGCCACCAUCCACGCCUACGUGGGUCUUGGCGGCGGGCGACCUGCCAUCACUCAUCCUCGGGCACCCACUAGCCGACAUUCGUGCGGCGCACAAUACAUUCGAAUUAGGUGCGUGAACUCCAGUGGCCACCACCCUUUCCGUCGAGCCGCUGCCUACAGAGCAGAGCAAACCACGGAGCUUGCGCAUGUUGGCGCUUGGGACUUGUCUCAGCUGGGUACUAACGUGGGACAGACCGGCACGGUAGAGGAGGAUUUUGAAUUUGGAGUAGAGAGCACGACACCACGCGCUCUUGGUAGAACGGCGCAGACGGAAGAUUUGCCACAAUCUCCUCGCGAUUUCCCUUUUUGUCCUCCUUCCCCCCUCCCCUCCCCCACCACAAAUAUGUCUCGUGUGAGUUUGCUCUCGGCUCUCGGCACCUAUCUAACCUGGAUCUUCCUAUUCACAGGCUACGAGUGGAACCGCUCUUCGCCACUGCGCUCCUCGCCCGACACGUCGUCCUCCAUGUACCCCGACCGGCCCAUACGUCCCAUGCCCCGACGAUCUCUGCGCGCCCGUCUGUCUCCCGAACAGGCCGACACGAUAGUGUUCCCGCAUAACCCACCUUCGACAGGUCCGCUCUUCAACUUCCCUUACUCGGCGAAUGAGCGUGGCAACCGGUCUUUGAGGACAGGCGAGAAUGACCACCAUGCGUGCCACUGUGGGCACACACACUCGGAAGUAGAGAGCGAGGAGGAAGAAGACGAGCGCAACGGACCGCUGCCUUCGUCGCCUAGCUACCAGUACCGGAGGGAGCUAGCGCCCGGAAGGUCGGUGGCAGGCGCAGGUGGCCAUCACAAGGCCGGCUCUACGUCGUCGUCUGUGGAUGGUUAUGAGUCAUUCGAGAACACCAACAACAAGAAGAAGCGCAAGAUCCCGAACAUGGGCAGCCACAGCUCACAUCAGGCGAAUGUGUCGGCCGACAUGGCAUCCCUAGCCACUACGCCUGCCCACGAAGCAGGAGGGGCGGACGAGGGCGAUGGGCCAGGACGCUACUAUGGCUCUGCGCCCUCGACGCCACAGCAUAACAACAACACCAGCACAUCGGGCACAGGCAUAUCGGGCGCGGGUCGAGGACGUUUUGGAAGGUCCGUAUCGGGACGGUCAGAGCGGCGGGUGUUGGGCACGUCAACGAGCCUCGCCAACGCCAAAGCGAGUAGCAAACGUACGGUGGCACCUCGGGCCAUGAUUCGACAUCUGGCACAGAAAAGAGUCCGUGCGCUGACUAUUUGUUCACUAGGUCCUCCAGAGCAGAGCGGUAUCAUCUCGACUGCCAUUGCCAACGCACAAGCGACCCCGCCCCCCCACGGCAACGAGAACGUGAGCUUGUUGCAGCAGGAAGCCUCCAAGAACAGCGCAAAUAAGACGCAGUUCACCUUCACCUGCGGCUCCGACUCGGCCAACAAGAUGGUCUGGCCGGGUCAGGAGAACGGUCACUACCCCCAGCCGCCUGGCGCAUACCCGCAAAAUGCAGCAUCGCCCUCACCCCACGCCCAGACGGCACGUGCGCGACCUCCCGUGCGGCCAGAUGCCCCCGCCGUGUCGACCCAAGGCACGCAGACGAGCCCCAACAUGAACGGCGGGGCCUACCCUGCCCACGCCGCCAGGAACGCUCCUCCUCCAAAGGGCGGCCCGCCGCCUCAGCCUGCCCCGCCGCCACGCAAACCCAGACGCAGUGCCGCCAAGCUGUACGAGCAUGCUGCGCGCAAACGCCAGAUUCAACAAGAGUACGCCAACUUCCACAAUCCCCCCAGCCAGCCCUGGAUCUGCGAAUUUUGCGAGUAUGAGGACAUCUUUGGCCACCCGCCCAGGGCGUUGAUUCGGCAGUAUGAGAUCAAGGACAGGAAGGAGCGAAAGCGUCUGGCGGAGAAGCGUCGUUUGCUGGAGAAGGCGAGAAUGAAGGGAAGAAAGGGGAAGAAGGCGAGCAAGAAAGCACAGAACAACGCCAACACGGGCCAGCACAACCAGCAUGCUCCUCCAGACGGCUAUGCUCGAAGGGAUGACGAUGGCUCGCUGGAUGCACACGAUGACGACUACUAUGACGAUUAUGACGACGCUCCACCUGUCACCCACUGUCCACAUGGCUGUCAGCAUCACCCGCACCCUCCGCAUACUUCUUCCCAGAAGACGCAGGGUAUGCCACCUUCUAGGCCAGGUGGGACGCCCGUUGCGAAUGGCGCCUAA